AUGAAAGAUCACCAAGAAACUAGUAAUGAGGAAAACAAGGUCGUUAGUGCACAUGAUAAAUCAAGUAAAUCUCAAGAAUCUAUUCUUACCUACCAACAAAGUUCAUUACAAUUACAAUUACAAACUUUAAUACAUAAAACCAUUUUACCUUCUCAGUGUAAACAUAAUUUCUACAACAUAAUACAUGCUCAAUUACGUCAAAUAACUAUUUAUCAUAUUUCUAUUUGUUUUAAUAAGAUGAAAUAUGAAGUUAUUAUUCCAUAUGAAGAAAUUAGUAAAAUUGAACCUUUAAAUUUUGGAAAAUUGGUCUUAAAAUUUCGACAUCGUUUCGAAAGAAAGAAAAAACAAAUUGCCAUAUUUCAGAAAUUUCAACAAUCACCCGAAGUAAUGAUUAAACAAUUUGGUCCUAAAGAUGGUAAUUGUACUCAAGUCACUAAACAAUUAAAUAAUAUUAUAACGACACCCUCUGAACUAACAUUAACUGAGGUAUAUGUCACAUGUAUCUUUGCAACCGAAAAGCGAGCCAUUUUUUACCCCGUUAAAGGAACAUUCUACCACUUCCGAUUGUACAUAUUGAAAAGAUUUAAUAAUAAACGAUGGAAUAAAACAUGGUUUAGAAAUAGGCGUGGUUGUUGGGGUAAAUUGAAAGAUGAAGAUGAUUGGAAUUUGGCAAAAUCCGAAAGUCAAUGUGGAAAAAUGGAAAGAGAUCUACUUUAUGCUUUUGUUGCUAUUCAGAAUAUAAUGUUCUUUUUCGCCACUUUUACAUAUUGA